AUGCCACAAUUCUGGUGGUUUUUGUGCCUGCUUCUCGCUUCUCUGACAGUUACCAGUCAAACUCAACUAGUGUAUAAGCGGAGAAUAGGUAUGCGACUACCAAACAUGCUUCACUACAGACCGGGAACUAUCGAAAAACGACGAAUUGGCAUGCGCUUACCUAACAUUAUCUACUUGAGAAUGUAUUUACUUGAAACGUCUGCGGAAUAA